UUCCAUUGACAGAAGCAGUGACCCUGGAAGGUUCUUCUAUGUUGACAUUACAACAGGUGCCCUAAUGACUGCAAGACCCCUUGACCGAGAAGAGUUUUCUUGGCAUAAUAUCACUGUCCUUGCUAUGGAAAUGAACAAUCCUUCCCAGGUUGGAAGCGUUCCUGUCACAAUCAAAGUCUUAGAUGUGAAUGACAAUGCUCCAAAGUUCCCCAGAUUCUAUGAAGCUUCUGUCUGUGAGAAUGCCAAAGCAGGGCAGCUGAUCCAGACAGUGAGCGCAGUGGACCAAGAUGACCCACACAAUGGCCAGCACUUCUACUACAGCUUGGCUCCUGAGGCUGCUAACAACCCCAACUUCACCGUAAGGGACAACCAAGAUAACACUGCCCGGAUUCUAACUAGGAGGUCUGGCUUCCGGCAGCAGGAGCAGAGUGUCUUUUACCUGCCCAUCCUGAUAUCGGACAAUGGGCAGCCGGUGCUGAGCAGUACGGGCACGCUGACUAUCCAGGUGUGCAGCUGUGACGACGAUGGACACAUCCUGUCCUGCAGCCCCGAGGCCUACAUGCUCCCAGUCAGACUGAGCCGUGGUGCCCUCAUCGCCAUCCUGGCCUGCAUCUUUGUCCUCUUAGUGCUGGUGCUGCUCAUACUGUCCAUGCGGAGGCACCGGAAGCAGCCGUACAUCAUCGACGACGAGGAGAACAUCCACGAGAACAUCGUGCGCUACGACGACGAGGGUGGUGGCGAGGAGGACACCGAGGCCUUCGACAUCGCGGCCAUGUGGAACCCACGGGAGGCGCAGGCGGGCGGCGCCUCCAAGACGCGGCAGGACAUGCUGCCCGAGAUCGAGAGCCUCUCCCGCUACGUGCCUCAGACGUGCGCCGUCAACAGCACCGUCCACAGCUACGUCCUGGCCAAACUCUACGAGGCCGACAUGGACCUGUGGGCCGCGCCCUUCGACUCCCUGCAGACGUACAUGUUCGAGGGGGACGGCUCGGUCGCCGGGUCUCUGAGCUCCCUGCAGUCGGCCACUUCAGACUCGGAGCAGAGCUUCGACUUCCUGACGGACUGGGGACCCCGCUUCCGGAAGCUGGCGGAGCUCUACGGGGCGUCGGAGGGUCCCGCGCCCCUGUGGUGACGGAAGCCGGGAGGCCGGCGCGCGGCCAAACCCGGCCGUUCUGGGGCGGAGGCUUCGCGGAAGAGGCGCCGCCAACCGCAAGAGCAGGACUACUGGAGAGUGAGUUUGCGGGGCGAGCGGAGCUCUCUCUGAAUCAGCUUUACUUGGUUAGAUUAAGUUAAAUAAUCAAAAGGAAACACAGGAAGAGGGGGGCAAAAUCUCCAAUGACCUUUUAUUCUUUUUUAAUUUUUGUGAUACUGUAUUCAAAGGCGUGCAGUCCAAGGUUAAGUAUGGCGGGCUUGACUUUUCUCCGCCGUUCACUUGGUCAUUUUGCCACCUCAGAGAGGCUGUGCUUUUUAUUGCGGAGAUGGCAGUUGAAAGCAAAUAGAAAGUUCUACUCUCCUAUCCGUUUUUUGUUUUGUUUUAUUUUUAAUCAUGUUUUUUCUCCAUUUAAAAGUUUUGCUGGCUUAUCACACUGCACAAACCAACCCCCAUAAAAGAACACUGAAAAAUUAUUCCUCGGUGAAAUUAACCUACUUGUUCUGGGAUGGAUGGAAUUUCUUUUAAUACUUUUAAGACAAGGUUAAGGCCUAAUUGACCUUGCAUGGGGGGUGGGCAGGGGGGUGGGAGAAGGAAGAGGCAUUGACUUUAAGCUCAAGUUUAAUGGCUGAACCAAGAGUUGUUGGCAUUACAACAAAUCCACCUCCAUGGAGUAAGAGUGCUCUUGUUCUCUCAGCUCUUUAACUGUGCCCCUGCAAAAUUAUUCAGAAGGAAACCAGAAAAUCUGCCUCUUUUGCACUGUAGAUGUCUCUUCCAUGUGCCAAAUGUGAAGAUUAGAUUCUACAAAUGAAAGCCAAAUAAAAAGAAGUAUCUGAUAAAAGCAUGGGUUAGAGGGCUUUCCUAAUCUGUGUGAGGUCAAUUCAAGGGAUGUUUACAUACUGUAGAUAACCUACUUGAACACAAAUCAGUAUUAUAGAGAAUAAAUGGAUGUAAGAAAAUUACAUGUAUAAGUUUUGUAUAUUUGUUAAUAAUUUUGGUAAUAAAUAUGAUGUACUGCAUCUCAGUACCUUAGAACCUCUUUUAAUAAAAGUUAAAUAGAAGG